AUGAGCUUCUUUGUCCGGCCUUGGGUCAAAAGGGACGCUCUGGAUGUGGUGCGGCUGGUUAGGGAACUGGCGGCAUCUCACAACGCCCUCCACCAGGUGAAAACCUCUCCAGAAGCGCUCCGCAAAGAGGGGUUUGAAAAGGACGCCAUCUUUGGGUACCUGGUGGCCGAGGUGCCCCCCGCGCAGAAAAGCAAAGACGGACACACAAUUGUCGGCUAUCAGUUCCACUACUUGAGCUACUGCACCUGGGACGGUCCGGUUCUCUUCGGCGAAGACCUCUACGUGAUGCCGGAAUUCCGAGGGAGAGGAAUUGGCACUGCCCUGCUGAACCGAGCAUCCAAGAUCGCCCUGGAAAAGGGAUGCUCUCAAUUACGGUUCAUCUCGGUCGAGACGCAUCAAACCAAGACCGGUUUCUAUCACAAGAAAGGAGCCGUGAACGUCACUGACCGUGAUACUUGGCACGUCUUCCGGAUCGACGGGGACCCCCUUGCGAAGCUGGUGGGGGAAGCUGCAGCCAAGCCGAACCCCUCGCAGCUUUAG